AAAAAAAAAAAAAAAAAACAGCAUCAUCGCAUUUAACGGUACAAACUGAAUCCAGUUUUUGUAUUAUUUCCUGUUCCUCUCUUCACUUCCUACCCACAAACACACACUCACACAGUACAGAGUGGUGUAGCAGAGCAGAGACCCCCGCAUGAGCAAAAUAGUCGGCGCUCCAACACUGAUUCAAAAACAUUUUUGAUUCCCACAAAAAAAAAAGAAAAAAAAAAGAUUCAAAGAAUCCAUCUUUGUGGUAAUGACUGCUCUGCUCGACAGCAGAAGCUUUUUGUUCGUACAAAAUCAUCUUUAAACUUCCAUAGUCACAUGGAAGGAACGAGUCACCAGAGGUGCCAAUUGGAAACACUGCCUUUAAAUGACUAUUGGAGGCUCUCUGAGUGUAUGGAAAAUUUGCAGCUGAAGUCAAUGGUCUCUCCCAAAGGAACCUCAAAGUCUAAAGGGUCACCACCUGAGUCAGAGGUAGAAGUUCCAAUUUCACAAAGAGCAUCACAAACUCUUUGGGCAACUGGAAAGCUCGCCGAACCGAUUCCUGAUGGUUUUUACUUCAUCACUCCGGAAAGAAGAUUCAAAGAGUUUUAUGAUACUAUACCCACUCUAGACGAACUUCAAUAUCUAGAGUCAGAAGGCUUCAGACCCAAUGUUAUUCUGGUUGACUCAAACAAGGAUAAGAAGCUUUUAAUGUUGAAGCAGCUUGCUUUGACAUUGGUAAAACGACCAAGUUCAAGCCCUGCUGUUGCCAUUAAAAAGAUAGCAGCACUGGUAUCUGAUUUUUAUAAAUCGUCAAAUAUGGAAGCAAGCAUGCCAAAAGAUGGCCUUGAGGAAGUCCGUCGUCAAUUGGAGAAUCAUGGCAUCCAAAUGUUGUGUCAAAUAAAGCAAGGAACAUGCCACUCCAGGGCAAUCUUGUUCAAAGUUUUAGCAGACUCUGUAGGUGUUGACUGUAAAUUAAUGGUGGGUCUGCCUCGGGAAGGUGUGGUGGAGCGAAUAGACUCGUUCAAGCACAUGUGUGUUACAGUAUUUGUUGAUUCAGUGGAAUUUAUAAUAGAUCUUUUGCAUUUCCCUGGAAAACUGACACCAUGUACAUCAGAAGCAGUCUUUCACUGUCACAUGGUUGCUUCUCAGAGUGAGACAGCCUUAAAUUCGUAUGAGUCUCCUAUGGAACCAUGUAGUCCUAUUUGCGGCCUUUCAGGCCAAGUCGAUAUUGAAGGUGCUGAUUUUGAAGAGUAUCUGCAGCCCACAUAUCGAAGUAAGCUAGAAGCUUCCACAAGUUUUUCUGGCUCAUCUAUGAGGAGUGUCCAGGUGAAAGCAAAAGCCUCCAUUGAGCAGAAGUCGAACGUAUCGCAUAGUGAACCUGAUGUAACAAAUGGAUUAUGGUGGUUGAGCCAUAAGCAUGCCAUUGCUGAGCCAAGCACAGCAACUUCAAGUCCGGAGCCUUCUUUCUUCCGUGGCCAUGGGAGAUCCAUGCUUGGGGGUCGCACACGUUCUUUCAAAGAGUGCAACAAUAAUGUUAUAACUUCAAGGUCCGCUGGGGCAUCUCCAAUUGAUGCACGUAGGAGAAGGAGGCGCUGUAUUAGCAUGGUUCCUGAGAUUGGUGAUGAUAUUGUAAGGGCUGUUCGAGCAAUGAAUGGUGCACUUAAAAGGAAUCAGGUUUCUAAGGAAAAUGUGAAUGCCAGUAGUAACUGCUUGGGAGCUGAGAAGGAUGCCAAUAUAGAUAAUCAAGAAACGGUUUCGAGAUUUUAUCCAGAUGAUCAAGGUGAAAGAGUGACAACAGAAAAAUUUCAAGAAAAACCUAUGAAUUCUCAGAGGGCAAUGUCGUUACCUUCAUCACCUCGCUAUUUUACAAAUUAUGCCUCUGGAAGGUGUGAGGCAGCAGAAUUUCUGAGAGGUCCAGAUAUGAUCUCAAAAAUGAACAAGAUGCUUGAAGUGGAAAAGAUUCUGAACAAACAGUUGUUUCCCUUUCAAGAGUGGAACAUAGAGUUUUCUGAAUUAACUGUUGGAACACGUAUUGGAAUUGGUUUCUUUGGGGAAGUUUUCCGUGGGAUGUGGAAUGGAAUACAAGUUGCCAUCAAAGUUUUUCUUGAGCAAGACUUAACUGUAGAGAAUAUUGAAGAUUUUUGCACAGAAAUAUCCAUCUUAAGCCGUGUUCGUCACCCAAAUGUUAUCUUGUUUCUCGGUGCAUGCACAAAGCCUCCACAUUUGUCCAUGGUGACAGAAUACAUGGAAAUGGGAUCCCUGUAUUACCUCAUUCAUGUGAGUGGGCAGAAAAAGAGGCUAAGCUGGCGUCGGAGAAUCAAAAUGCUAUGUGAAAUAUGCAGGGGUCUAAUGUGCUUACACCGGAUGAAAAUAGUACAUCGUGAUCUCAAAAGUGCAAAUUGUCUGGUGAAUAAGAACUGGACGGUCAAAAUUUGUGAUUUUGGGCUCUCUCGCGUGAUGACAACCAGACCUAUGAAAGAUUCUUCAUCUGCAGGCACUCCAGAGUGGAUGGCCCCUGAACUUAUACGGAAUGAACCUUUCACCGAAAAAUGUGACAUUUUUAGCUUUGGUGUGAUUAUAUGGGAACUAUGUACACUCAAUAAGCCAUGGGAUGGCAUACCAUCUGCCCAAGUAGUGUAUGCAGUGGGUAAUGAUGGGAAAAGUCUGGAAGUUCCUGAGGGUCCUCUGGGCAAAUUAAUUACAGAUUGUUGGGGACUACCAGAUGAACGACCAAGCUGCAGGGAUAUUCUCUUGCGCCUACUUGAUUGUCAAUCAACACUGUGCUAGCUUGACUGGUUUUUUUAUCAAAUUUUCGUGUCACUCAGCACUUGUGACGUUUAGCAUUUCUGGAAAAGGUAUGCCCUAAAGUUUAAGAUCCCAUAUUAAGUGCCAACCACAUUUAUACUUGUGUGUGUGCUCACUAAGAUCCAUGCUUGCAGAAGUGUCUGUUGGAGCAGUUCUUCUCGCAUUCUGAAAGCCUGGAAUACAUAGUGGGAGAUUAUUUCAUAAAUAUAGUGAAACACGUAGGAUAGGAUAGUACAAUAUGAAACACAAUAAGGGCGAAAUUGCCACUGAAAAUUAGCACGCAAACAAGAGCUAGGGACUGUUGUUUUAUAGUUUAUGCUUGAAUCUCUCGUUGAUCUGUUGUUCUAAAAUUAGAAUGCAGCAGAUGUAUAGAAUGCCCGAGUCGAAAGAAUAACGAGAAACAAUGGCGGUAAAAGCCAUUGAGUUCGAGCUAGAAUUCAGGUUACCUCCUGAGAAUGCCCUUGAUUCAGCACAAGGCAUAUUAUUUAGCUCCAGCAAAAAUCUGGAUUUAAAUAGCUUCUUGGGCGCCAAGGGAAAUACCAACAAAUUUUGAUAGAUAUAGCUACAUAGCUCAUAGCAGUGUAAUGAUUCCUCAGAUCGAGAACAUUACUGUUUCCCAUUAUGUGUUUAUCGAGAAUAUACGAAUACUCAUUCUGUCCUGAAGAAAAAAGAAAGGAAUUUUUUUUCUUUUUUUUUUUGUAUUAAAAUUGUUAGUUUUAUUUAUCAUUAUCAU